UUAUUGGUCAACACAUACGGACCCGCCCCUUCUGGGUGACGUCACGGCUAACAUGGCGCUCAGGUCGGUCAGGAGCUGUUUCGGGUCUUUCGCGUUUCUCGGCAGAAGCUUGACUUCGCCGGAGAUUAAAGCUGUUUGCUGCUACCAUAAAAAAGUGGUGGAUCACUAUGAGAACCCAAGAAAUGUUGGUUCCUUGGAUAAGAACGCCAAGAAUGUGGGGACCGGUUUAGUGGGAGCACCAGCCUGCGGGGAUGUCAUGAAGCUGCAGAUCGAGGUUGAUGAGAACGGAAAGAUAGUGGAUGCCAGAUUCAAAACGUUCGGUUGCGGCUCAGCCAUCGCUUCAAGUUCCCUGGCCACAGAAUGGGUCAAAGGCAAAUCGAUUGAUGAAGCUUUGAAAAUCAAGAACACAGACAUCGCCAAGGAACUGUGUCUUCCACCGGUGAAGCUUCACUGCUCUAUGCUCGCAGAGGACGCCAUCAAGGCCGCGCUGGCUGACUACAGACUCAAACAGAAGGACGAGGAGAAAGUGGCGGGGACUAGAAAUUAAACCACACUCUUUAAAUUUUUCUCUCCAGUGCAAACAAAUGGUUUGACAUCUUUGCAGAAUUUAAACACAGACUGCCCGAAACCAAACAUAUCCUUAGAGUAGCAUCAUUACAGUAAGGAUACUCUGAGUAGUACACCUCCUAUACUACUGCUGAAUAUGUAGAUCCUCUGCUGAGGGGUUUCAGAUAAUGUCGUCUUUGCCUUGUCAUGAUUGCUGUGAGGUGUUGAGAGGAGGCUUUUUUUUUUGUUUGUUUGUUUUCGUUUGGAGUGAUGUGUGAAAGGGUGGUGGGUUUCUCGUAAUGUCUUUCUGAAUCACGCACAAAGAUGGAAGAAUUUGGUCUGUCUUUUUUUUUUUUUUUUUGCAGACAAAGAUUAAUCCAUGAAGCAAAACAGCAGGGAUUCAUCAAAACCAAGAAAUAUGAGAUAUUUAGUCUUGAGUACACAUGUUUAGAAAAGCUUAUCACCUCCACUGAUCCUGUAUAUAGUAUUUUUAGUAUCUCUGAUCUCGGGCACUAAAAGACCAUUACAACAGUACAUGUCUGCUUAUUUUUAACACAGUGAAAAAGCCUGGAGUCAGUUUGUCAAAAUUGUAUAUUUGUUUACAUUAAAUGUCCUGUAAAAAUGGCAGUUAUCAAUCUGCAGUCAUACACGCACAACUAAUCAAAAUAAUCUAAUGCUGUAUUCUACUGUUUAAGCUUAAUAAAAUUGUAAAACCAUG